UUCAAAAGCAUGCAAAAGCCGUCACCUUAGCCUUUCUUUCUGUAAAAAAAUACUUGCUCGCUCGCAUACGAGGUGGUUUCCUAGACAAUAAAAAAAGGGCAAGUUCGUUAGACAAUUCCAAAACAGACGAUUUGGCGCUACUGGCGGUAGUUGUGGUGGUGAUACAUUCUCCUCCUUUCCCUCUUCCUCUAGUCUGUCAUCACGGUGGCGUUUGUGGUGACCGUGACGGGCAAGGCGGUGGUGGUUAUUCGUCGAAUCAAAAAAACACAAAGAAAAGAAGAAGAAGAAGAAGAAGAAGAAGAAGAAGAAAUGGCGUACAGGAGAAGGCAGGGAAUCACGAGGGCUUCCACCUUCAAAGAAGAGAUAUAUCGCAAGCCAGAAGAUGAUAUCAAUAACAACGACGUUAAAAGGAGUAAUAUGUUAAAAUCUUCUCAAACAUUUAAUUCGUCUUCCUCCUUGGCGGCUCAGGCCAUCAGGGCGUCUGCAGCUCAUCGCGAAUCGUCUCUUUCCUCUGCCUACGCAGGAGAUUCCUUCCUUCAGAGAUCUAAGGUCUUUGAUGCAUAUGAGGACUCAUCAGCCAGAAGUGAUUCUAAAGGGUUUUGGGGUGUUCUUGCUAGGAAAACCAAAUCAAUUCUUGAGGAGGAUAAUAUGUCAUCACAAUUAGAAACACCAGAACGAUCUAGGUUCCAGAUGUCAGAUACCUCUGUAGGUGGCCAGUCUCGGAAAUCAAACCUAACACCUGAGGGAGUUGGGAAAAUGGACAAUCCUAGAUUACGGAAGGGCCUGGAUAAAAUCACAUCUUCCCUUAAUCACAUAGGUGACACCUUUGAAAAGUCUUUUGAGGAAGGUCGCACCAUUGUGGAAAAUAAGACUGCAGAUAUCAUCCAAGAAACCUGCAAACUGCAAAUUAUGCGAAAAGGAAGCAGUCCCGAGGCACAAAAUCAAGAGCCAAAGAAUCAACUGAACCGUGAAACUCAAUUGAAGGCAUCUCGCGACGUUGCAAUGGCAACUGCUGCAAAAGCAAAACUUCUUCUUCGGGAGCUCAAAACGAUUAAAGCAGACCUGGCUUUUGCAAAACAAAGAUGUUCACAACUAGAGGAAGAGAAUAAAAUCCUGAGGGAUAGUCGUGAAAAAGGAUGCAACCCAGCAGAUGAUGAUUUGAUUCGCCUUCAACUGGAGACACUUUUGGCUGAAAAGGCUCGUUUGGCACAUGAGAAUUCAAUAUUUGCUCGUGAGAACCGGUUUCUAAGGGAAAUUGUUGAAUACCACCAACUCACCAUGCAAGAUGUUGUUUAUUUGGAUGAAGGCAGUGAAGAAGUAACUGAGGUUUACCCAAUUACAAAUAUGCUUUCUAUUUCACCACCCUCACCUUCUGAGAUAACUGCAUCUGGGAGGCCACCAGCAACGGAGGAAAUAUUUCCCGUGCCCAACCUACCACAAGAAACGCAGGAGGCUUCAGGAAAUGAUGCCACACCAAGUUCAGUUACGCCUGUACUUGAGGAAGAAGACACAAAAACGCAGGAGACUUCAGGAAAUGAUGCCACACCAAGUUCAGUUACUCCUGUACCUGAGGACAAUGCUAAAACAUAAACAAAAUCAUCCCCGUAAAUCAAGCUUUUCAUUGUUCACUAACAAGAAAUUUUGUGAAAUAUUGAUUCUAAACUUUUUUU